AAUUGAGAUAUGAACGCAGAGGCAAAACAUGAAGACAAUGAGGUGAGGAAUGACACAGAGAGGGAGACAUUUGCAAAUUUCUCCAAUGAGAAGAACAAUUCUUCCCUUAUUGUUAAUGGAAAUGAAAAACAAGGUGUCUCAGCUGAAGUGGGUGCAUCACAUCCUGAAGAAGAAAACUCUGAGGAUACGAAAACUACUGAGGAGCCCCCUGUUGAAGCCCCUGAGCCAGAGGAGAACAGUGGAGAACAGCUCUCUGUUGUUGACAUCACCACAAGCAAAAACUUGGAUGUGCAGAUUAAUGAGGUCAAUGAUCAGCUAAUGUCCCAUGAGGAGAGUGUUGUUUUUGAAAUCAACAGCAAUGAUGACGAUGGACCUCCCAGACUGCAUCUUGAGACCCCGGAGAGAGAGAGGACUUCCAGUCCUGCACAGGAGGAAGAGGAAAAGGAGGCUGAGGAAGAGGAGUUCACGGCUGCUUCAGCAGAAAAUGAAGACAUCAUCUAUGAGGACUGCAUGCAGGUCCUCCAUGAGCUGUGUGAGGAGAGAGACAAAGCCAGUCGGCACAGCAGCCAGCUGCAGAUGAAGCUGGCAGAGUAUCUGAGCAAGAAGAGCGGGGACGACACACAGCUGGAGUGGGAGAUGCUGGUUACAGAGCAGCUGCAGGAGUAUGAAAAGUACAUGAACAUCCUGACUGACAUGAAGCACCGGCUCACCACCGACUCUGAGGCAGCCCAGCAGCAGGCAGAGGAGCUGAAGUUACAGUCCCAAGAGAAGGUGGACAAGGUGGAAAAUGAAUGGCAAGAGUUUGUGGCACUGAAGCGGCACAUAGCUAUGACAGUGCUAAGCCGAUGCCUGGGUAAACAAGCGUCUCAGGCCAAAGUGGAGUCAACCCUGGCGGCGGAGCAGCGUCGGCAGGACGAGCUGAUCAAGCUGCGGCUCAAGCACAUCAAGUUGAAGAUGAAGAUUGGCAGGCUGGAAGCAGAGCUCAGAGAUGAGGAAGAACACGGCAGGGACCCCCUCCAGGUCCAGUUUGAACAGCUGCAGGCUGCGAGGCGGGAGCAGAGAAAACAGGCGGAAAAGCAAAGCGAGGAGUCAUUAAAGCUGCAGAACAAGAUCAGCAGCAGCUUGGAGGUCUUGUCAAACAUAAAGGAGAAGCUGUUCUGGAACCAGAUGGAGGUUCAGUCCAAGCGAGAGCAACUGGCCCAGGUGGAGGCCAUGGUGGCCAGGAAGAGACACCUCCUGACCAGGACCAAGCAGGCACGCAACAACCUGCAGAGGGACAACCUGAGGCUAAAGGAGUGUCGGGGAUUGCUGGGGAACAGGGUUCUGCUGCGGGACUUUGAGAACACUGUGGAUGCCUCUGACCACUUGGAGGAACAACUGGAGAACCUGAAGUGCCGGCAAGCUGAAAUCGCCUUCAGCUGUGGCAGAUGGAAGAAGAAGCUGGAGACAACUUAACGAAUGAAUGAAUUAACAUCCUAAGGUGAAAAAAGACAAUACCGACCUGAGAAAAGGGCCAACAGGAACGAAAAUGAGUAUCAGGCCUUAAUAUUUGUAGUUUUUUCCGGUGUAGUGUGUCAUUGUAGAAAAUGACCAAUUCUGUGUUUAGGGCACUUCAAAGACAAGACGUGACGCUUUGAGCGCCAUAGUCCGGCUCAACAACCAGGAGCAUGACCACCAAUCACAGCGACCAUUUCAAAAAACAUACACAUCAUGUAUUCUGAUCCUGGCAUUGCUGUAAAAUGUAUUAUGUUGAAAUUAUUGUUAAAGCCUAUAAAAUCAUGAUUUAUGAUUCACAAGGGUAGAAAUUAAAUAAAAAAUGAGGGUCAAUAUUUGA